ACGCAUGCAUUUUUUUUUUAUUAAACCUCAAUUAACGCGCGUACAAACCGAUGGACACCCAAAUACCUUUAUCGAUGUGUUAAUAACAUUAAUAUUCAUUUAACCUAUUGGUUUAACAAACAGUGCAAAUAGGGAAAACCGCGCAUGCGCAGUGGCAUCGCCACGCUGUUCAAUCACUGUUGGCGGGAAUAAGAGCAACAAAAACAACAAAAAACAGCCGCAUCAGCAACUUUCUGACUUUCUGACAGAAGAACUUCGUUGAACUGAAGAAAAUGUCAAAGAAGAAAGGCCUAAGCCUGGAGGAGAAAAGAAGCCGCAUGAUGGAGAUAUUCUUUGAAACGAAAGAUGUGUUUCAGCUGAAGGACCUUGAAAAAAUCGCCCCAAAAACCAAAGGAAUCACUCCAAUGUCAGUAAAAGAAGUGCUGCAGAGCCUGGUGGACGACAACAUGGUGGACUCGGAGAGAGUCGGAACCUCCAAUUAUUUCUGGGCUUUUCCUAGUAAAGCUCUUCACGCCCGCAAACGCAAACUGGAGGACCUGGAGAAACUGCUUGAGGACGGAAAGCAUCGAUGUACUGGUCUUCAGCAGGCCGUUGAAAAAGCCAAAGAUGGACGAGAAGAUACCGAGGAAAGAGCGACUCUUCGUAAGGAGCUCGCAUCUCUGAAAGAGCAGAGAGAAACCCUACGUGCCGAGCUGGAGAAAUAUAAAGAGUGUGAUCCAGAAGUGGUGGAGGAAAUGCGUAAAGAGAACGCUAUAGCGAAGGAAGCUGUAUCCAGGUGGACUGAUAAUGUGUUUUCUAUCAAAUCGUGGGCCAAGAGGAAGUUCAGCUUGGAUGAUAAUCGAUUGGAUAAAGCCUUCGAGAUUCCAGAAGACUUCGACUACCUGGAUUGACACACACACACACACACACACACACACACACACACACACACACACAUAUCUAUACAAUAUAUCAAUACGUUAUAUAUUAUUUACUCAAAUUCUGUCCAUGUAAAUAAGCUAAUAUAAAUAUCAUUAAAUUAAUGUCAUGUCAAGUUUUGUUUUUGAAGUUUUACACUGGAGCUGUGAGGCCAUUGUAGAUUUCAGCUUCUAGGUAAUCGAAUGACCUGGAAUGAGUAUUACAUUUCAUCUGUUGGUGUAGUUAUAAUGAUAACAGUUUGAGAUUCUGAUUUGCACUCAGAAAUGAACUCUGGGGAAAACUCUACCAGAUGUUUUGUUAUUUUUUUUUUUUUCCCCCUGCACAACUGUUGUGCUUGUAUUGUGUUUUGUUUUCUAUACUGUUUGUUCCUGUCUUUAUCAUUUUGGUACAAUAAAUAGUGUAUUAAUAGGUU